AUGAGGCGAAAGAAACUCAUAAAGGAUAAGAUCGAAGCCUUAAAGAAUCUCGACGCAACGAUCAUCGAAUUGUUAAGUGACAGUAAAGACGAAGACGCGGAAGAGGAACUGGCUAAAGAAAUCGAGGAGUCAGACGGCAUUAUCGCGGACAUGCAAAAGGUUAUUCUCGACAUAUCCGAUGUGACAAACGAAGCCAUUGUUCAAAGCGCAACAGUGACAGAUGAUACAAUAUUGAACAGCAGCUUGUCCAGUGAGACAAAAAAGAUUAUUCGCGCUAAACUCCCGAAACUGGAAGUAAAAAAAUUUGGUGGCAAAUUGCAAGAGUGGCAAGAGUUUUGGGACUCGUUUGACAGCGCCGUAAACCAAAACGAAGGCUUAGCGGAUGUCGACAAGUUCGCGUACUUGAGAAGCCUAUUGAUUGAGCAAGCCAGAUCAGCUAUUUCGGGGUUUGCACUUACAUCGGCAAACUAUAACGAGGCGAUAGAUCUACUCAAGAGACGCUACGGGAAGAAAAAUGCAAUACAAAAGGCGCACAUCCAGGAACUGAUGAACAUGAAACCAGUUUGCAAUGACCGAGACACAGAGAAACUACGGAAGUUAUAUGAUACGUGCGAGACAAAUUACCGAGGGUUGAAAGCCCUAGGGGAAGACGACACCGCCUAUUCAACUAUCGUAGUGCCGGAAAUCCUGGAGAAGUUGCCCGAGUCCUUUCGAUUGACUACAAACUUUUCCGAAUGGUCGAUGACAGAAGUUAUGGAUGCUUUUCUAAAAGAAAUAGGACUACUCUGGGGCAGUAAAUCGCCUUAAAUCGCUGCGAUUUUGGGCGAUUUUAGGCGAUUUAAGGGAAAACUUGGACUUUCAAGCACUGCGAUUUAAUGCGAUUUAAGGCGAUUUAAGAAAAAAAUUAAAUUUUAGGGAUUGCAAUUUAGGUGUUUUCAAAGGAAUUGAAUUUUAUAUUUUGCUCCGGUUUCCUCCCACAAGGCAAAAUUGGCAGGGGGGGGGGGGUUAGGAUAUAAACACAGUUAGGAAAGUAAUAUCAUAUUCUCAUUGUUGUAAAGAUAAAUAGUCUAGGCUAACAUAAGUAAUCAUAGUACUUGAUGUAAUCGGUCACUGAAAAGCCCCAAUGUGGGGAGUGAGCUAAAUAAUAAUGUAAUGUUUCCACACACAUAUGCAUUGUAUGAAGCAAAAUACAAUUAUUAGAACAUGUAUGUACAUUUUACAUAAAGCUAGGUUAACUAAUUAUUGUAUUUAACCUGAUUCACAUAUAAAGCUCAAUAUUCAUGAACUUUUCAUCCAUUCUCUAUUUAGAAGCCAUUGGGGUUCAUCUUGUGGGGUCAUGUGGUCAUUCAUGGCUACAUUAUAUACCACAAUUAAUAUUGUAAACAGUUAAUAUACUCUACUUAAGGGGCAUGCACUACACAUGUCUUAAACUUUAAUAUCAUUAAUUUAUGUCGAGUUAAAAUUGCAAAAUAUAAUAAAUAUUUGAUUUCCAAAAAACCUACAAGAGAAACACACAAUGUAUUUAUAAGCUAUAAUCCUAUAAAUUACCUUGUGACCCUUGUAAGUGAAAUUGUCUUGUUUUGUAUCAUGUCAAAACUUCUUUAUUUAGCUUGCAUUUUAUUUAAACUGUUUCAAUAUUGUGCUUUCUUCAUGCUACAAACAUGUUUUAUAAAAUUUUUGAUAUCUAUAUCAUAUCCCAGUGCCAUAUCCAGAAACAGUAUCGUCACGCAUUCGGAAACUGUCGGCGUAAUGCCGUAAUGCUUAAAUUACAUGAAGUAUAUCAUAUAUAAAUGGUAGGAAUUCUAAUUUCUAAAUUAUUUUAAAAUUAAAAACAAAAUAAUACAGUAUUAAACAAAUGGCGCACUACGUCGUGGUUUUAGGUUCUGCAAACAAACAACAACAAAAAUCUAUUGUAUGGUAUGUACGAUGUAAUCACUGUUUUACUUUUUAUUGUAUAUACAGGUCUGGAAAAUUUAAUAAAUGAGAGUUGCAAAUCGCUCAUAACCUCACGUAUAUUUUUCGUUUGAUAGCCACUAUAAUUAUAACUAGGAGCUAGAGUAUAACCAUGCACAUGUCGAAGUACAACCAUUGUAUACAAUGCAGUGCUCGAUGUUACAUGCAACAGUGCACAAAUUACAGGAUGACUUUAUUAUAUAAAUCAACACUCGUACUAAUUGACUUUCCUAGUCUCCUAUUGUUGUUCUAAUUAACAGCAAUUAGGCUUUGAGAAGCCAUGUAGAUUAUAGGUUAAUUUGUAGCCCAGCCCCCACAGUUCAUAUAAAUUGUAGCCCAGCCUCCAUUUACACCAAUAAUGAAAUUAACUCAUUCUGGUAACUAGCUCAAUUUUGUUGCUGGUAGUGUAUGGGAUAUAUGGGUCUUUCAGAUCCGAGAAUUACCUAAUUAUUGUAAAGUCUGCAUAAAGCAGAAAAAGGCUCCGUUUUUGUCACUGACCGGUGCGCAUUCCUGUUGAGUGACCAAAUAUUGUCAGCCUAAUCCACUUAUUUGAUUGCUAAUUUAUGUUGCAUUACUUUUGAUUGCAAAGCACCUGGAUUACAUGAUUUGCCAGUAAAAUAGCAGCAAUUGAUAAACUUGAGUACAUGGACUGAAUGUAUCAAACAGAAUGCAUGUUGGCGAUUUUAAGCGAUUUUAGGCAAUUUUAGGCGAUCUAAGAGAAAUUCGACAAUUUUAACCCGCGAUUUAAUGCGAUUUUAGGCGAUUUAAGGCGAUUUACCACCCCAGAGUAGGCCUAGAAAUUGAACUACGGGAAGAACACAAGCCAACGACAGAAAAACCCGAGAACCACGAAAGGCGAAAGAACAAUAUAUAUGGACAUGCUGGGGGAUCUGCUGCCGCUCUGUUUACGAGGCAAGGUCAUGGGAAUUACGGACGUAUAAAGUGUGCAUAUUGUUUGGGAGAACACUCGCACGAAAAUUGCAAGAAGAUAACAGAUAUUAAUGAGCGUAAGCAACUUAUUCGUAAGUACGGACGAUGUUUUAUUUGUUUGAAAAAGGAACAUAUUAGUAAAAAUUGUUCUAGUAAUGUUAAUUGUAAUGCAUGCGGGAAAUGA